AUGCUCGGGGAUGACUCAGAAGCAGAUACUCUGCUGAAAGGCCUCGUCUCGAAUUAUGAUGGUCCUGAGAUCCAUAAGGCUUUGCCCCGCGGAAGUUACUGUCGAGACAUUGGGAAUGGUACGUAUCGGAAGCACUAUGACUUCCAGCGACUUCUCCACCUCACCCCGGAUCAUGGAUAUAGGAACUUCGCUGGGAGCAUUAUUUCCCACUCAGAUCGCACUACGGAGCUGAACACCCAAGCAAUUCAAGCCAUCAAUGCUGCACACGGCAACACCUCUCACGACCGAGGCAGUUUUUUGAGCCGUGGGCCAACCAACGUGGCGGCGCACGGGGUGACGAGCGGCAUCGGAGGGGGAGGCACCCUGGGGGGAGGUCAGAAUGUCUCUGAGUCUCACCAUGCGACCCCAGUGACGAGCCCAAUUCGCUCGGGCGUGAUCCCGCAUUCUGGAGCUUCUGGAGGGGGCAUUGCGGGAAAGAAGCGUAAUGUCGUUGGUGCUGGAUUCGAUAGCUCGCCAGGAAGUAUUGAUGAAGUGGACGAUGCAGAGGAGAAGAAACGACAGCCUGUCAAGCGAGCCUGCAAUGAAUGUCGUCAGCAAAAGCUUCGAUGCGAUGUCGUACAGGACCCUUUUACAACUUGUUCGCGUUGUCGCCGCCUGAAACUCGAGUGCAAGAUCGAGUCUAACUUCAAGCGUGUUGGGAAGCGAAGUCGCAACGCCGAGAUGGAAAGAGAAAUCAUCGAACUGAGGCGGCAGAUUGCAAACGUGAACGCGGCGAAUGUGUCGUUCAAAUCUCAGGUCACUCCAGGAAAACAGGAUGCUUCUGCUAUGUCAACUCCGAUGAGCAAUACGGCUCUGUAUCAAACCCCGACUGGCAUUUCGACAGAUCAGUUUAUGGGCUCACAUGAGGCUGUUGCGUCGCUGCUGGACUUGCGAUCUGGUUUUGAUGGGACAAACUAUCUGAGGAAUGGCGGUCAUCAGUUCAAGAGGAUUGAGGAUGUCAUGGUAGCAAGCGACCGAAUUAACGAAUUAUUCAAUCUCUUUUUCACGUUUUAUCAUCCAUUCCUCCCAUUCCUUGACCGUGAUGUUAGCCCCGACGAAUAUUAUGCCGCCUCACCGCUUUUAUUUUGGAUGGUUAUCAGCGUGGGCGCACGCCGCUACCAGACCGAUGUUCAUCUCAUGAAUUCACUGGCUGGCCCAGUUACUCGGCUUGUCUGGAGCACUUUGGCUGACGUCCCCCAAAGUUUUCAUGCGGUGAAAGCUCUCUGCUUGCUGUGUACCUGGCCAUUCCCGACUAGCAGUACCUCAACGGACCCAACAUUUAUGCUAUGUGGUUUGAUGGUUCACGUGGCCAUGCAACUCGGCCUUCACCGGCCUUCUCAUACCCAAGACUUUUCCAAGUUUCGGGUAGAGUUGAUGGAACCGGAGCUGCGAGACAAAGUGCGGACAUGGGCUACGUGUAAUAUUGUAGCGCAGAGGGUUGCGACUGGCUAUGGACAACCUCCUUCGACGCUGUAUGACUGGACAUUGAGUGCGAGCGAGAGCGUCGAUGUUAAUUUUCAGCUUCCCCAGGACAUCAAGACAAGGCUUUAUAUCGAAGAAUUCAGCGACAAGGUUACAAAGACAUUGUACAACAACCGGAGAGACCCGGUGGGCUUGGUGGAAGACAAAGAAAGAUCUUCUUUUAUAUCGUUCUUGUCGAGAGACUUUGACGACUUAGCCAAUCAGUUGAGUUCAGAUAAUGAUGUUAUAACAAAUCUCUACUUACGGGCUGCAAAUCUCCACCUGCGACUGUGUGCAUUCUUCGAUGACCCAGUCUCAAAGAAUUACCGCGAACGCUUGCUAUCACUGCACUCCGCUACCUGCGCUUUUCUAGAGUCCGCCCUUGACCUAGAAAGCAACGUAGGACCUGUUCUGCCGUAUGCACCGUAUUACUUUUUCCAAAUGAUGCUCGCCGGCGGGUUCACCUUAAUGAAGCUGUGCAAAAGCUUUUUCUCAGCGCAUAUCGAUAUGGACUAUACCAAGGGUCUUUUCAACCGUACAAUCUGGGCUAUUCGUGCCAUCUCCGUAUCCAGCAACGACUUACCAGAGCGACUGGCCGAGGUUCUUGCGCAGAUGUGGAGACAAGGCGGUGCUCCAACUCCGCGUCCCGCAUCGGCAUCUGCUGAGAUGGACGACUCGCUGCAGCUGAAAGUCAGAUGUCGCAUGAGCAUGUCUCUCGUUUACGACUCGGUAUGGCGAUGGCGAGAGGAGGCCGCAGCCAAGGGUCGCAGUAUUGAAGCUUCUCUCAAGAACCCGACUGACCCUGACUCUAACGCCGAGUCCUCUGCGUCGUCUAUUGUCGCAGGGCGCCACUCAUCAGCAACCCCAGGCGUGACCGGCGACCCCAGUUUGGCCCCAGCCCCAACUGUACCACAGGGUUUGGCCAUGUCCACUUCGAAUAGCGGCGUUGGCAGUCUGCCCAGUGUCGGGUUCAUGGAAGCCAACUACGAGGUUUUUGACCCACUGAACUGGCUUCUAGAUGGCCUCGUCGAAUUCCCAUAUAGCUAUCCAGUACAGGGCAUGGAGACUCAAGGCCUAGCCUGAGAGCUUCACAUACGAGACUGGGGAUGGAUAAAUGUCAUUCAAGGUGAAAAUAUUUCUAAGAAAUUGGUGGCUAGACUGCUCUUUUUUUUUUUUUCUGGCCCGGUAACCAGGACAUAAGCGGGCGUUUUUGAAAUACCCAGUUUUUUACGAUUUGAUGUAUUACACGUUCUUUGUCUAUAUUUGUGAAUGUUAGUAUGUAAAUCUAUAUUUAUUUUAUAAAGCUAUGUGAGUAAUAAUUGGG